UAUCCGUCCAUAUUUGAAGGUUUCAACAAAAUUGAAACCUACAUGGCGCUGCGAGAAAAAUUUAGGAGGAAAUUAAUAAAAAAAAAUAGAAAAAGAAUUAGAGAUAAGAAACAUUCAAGGCAAAUCCCAAUUUUCUAAUCCCAAUCAAUCAUUCCCUUCCUUCUGUUGCUUCUCCUUCUAAUUCCAAAACUCAAGUUGCACCAUUUUUUUUUUUUGUUUUUUUUUUCAGGUUUUGAUAAAUUUCUCAGCUUUUCUCUGUUGACCCACUUGACCUUUCUUCUCCUUCAAUCCAAAAAGUUGGGAUCUUGAUUCGAAUCUCUGAAUUUUUAAAGCAACCCAUUUCUUCAAUCUCUCUGGUUCUUCAGAAAUUUUAGAACUUUCAAUCUGGGUUCUUUCGAGCAGAGCAGAUGAUGAUGAUGACAAUGGAGGGGAUGAUGGAUAAGGGUGUGUUGGAUGAUAUAAUCAGGAGGCUUUUGGAAGGCAAAGGAGGGAAGCAAGUGCAGCUUUCGGAGGCGGAGAUCCGUCAACUUUGCGUCAACGCCCGCCAAAUCUUCCUCUCUCAGCCUAAUCUUCUCGAGGUCCGAGCUCCGGUUCGAAUUUGCGGUGAUAUACAUGGACAAUACCAAGACCUACUAAGGGUGUUCGAAUAUGGUGGUUAUCCUCCUUCUGCAAAUUACCUGUUUCUAGGAGACUAUGUGGAUCGAGGCAAGCAAAGUUUGGAGACAAUCUGUUUGCUUCUGGCCUACAAAAUAAGAUACCCUGACAAAAUUUUCCUUUUGAGGGGAAACCAUGAAGAUGCAAAGAUUAAUCGAAUAUAUGGGUUCUAUGACGAGUGUAAAAGGAGGUUUAAUGUAAGGCUUUGGAAAAUAUUUACCGAGUGCUUUAAUUGUUUGCCUGUGGCUGCACUUAUUGAUGGGAAGAUACUUUGUAUGCACGGGGGUCUCUCGCCAGAGUUGGAAAACUUGGACCAAAUAAAAGAAAUUUCACGGCCAACUGACAUUCCAGAUAAUGGUCUGUUAUGCGAUCUGCUUUGGUCUGAUCCUGAUGCUAGGGUUGAGGGUUGGGCGGAGAGUGAUCGAGGUGUUUCCUGUACUUUUGGAGCUGAUAGAGUUAGUGAUUUUUUAGAUAAGAAUGAGCUUGAUCUCAUUUGCCGGGGUCAUCAGGUGGUGGAGGAUGGCUAUGAGUUUUUCGCAAAACGAAGAUUAGUCACAAUAUUUUCAGCUCCCAACUAUGGCGGGGAGUUUGAUAAUGCCGGUGCUCUAUUGAGUGUUGAUGAAGCUCUGGUGUGUUCCUUUGAGAUACUGAAACCAGUUGAUCAUAAAGCAUCCCCGAGCGGUUCAAAGUUAAAUCUUAAAAAGCCUCCUAAAAAGAACUGAUUAUUUGGAGAUUUCUCACAGCUCAAUUAGAAAAUACAAGAAGCUCGACAGGUGCUAGAGUUUGGAUUCUGUUUAAUAGAUGAGCUUGACAAGUGAGAAGCGCCAUCUUAAUCCGAGAGUUCCAAGCGUUGAUCACAUUGAAGAUUUUCUUGUGUUUUUAUGAAAUUUGUAAAUCGUAACUGCGUAUGUUGUUCUUGCUUGUGCAGGGAAGAGGUUUUCGGUUUAGACUCUACUUUUUGGUCAAUAUCUGCUCAUUCUGGUUUGUUUUUUGUUGAGCAUUUGUAAAUUAUCGUCACAGCAUUUCAGAAGUUUCGCUGGUUUCCUGAUUA